AGGUCGGCUCUUUGCAGCUGCGGGCGGCUGAGCGAGCACGUGAAGCGGAGAACCCGGGAGCGCCCAGCCCAGGCUCCAGAGCAGCGGCGCCCGCCAAGGAGGGAGGAUGAUAAACGUGUCGGCAGUGUGGUUGUUAGCCCUCUUCUUGCAGGCAGCGUGCUCGCAAACUACAAAUCUCAACCUUCCUCCUGAAGACCUGGACUCAUCUGGCGAUGAUGAGGAUGCUUUCUCUGGCUCUGGCGCUGGUCCCUUGACCGACCAUCCUGUGGUUGCCUUGAAUAUCCCCUUAGAACAUGCAAAUUCGUCAUCAAGGUCAACUAUGUCUACUGGAGCAACUGUUCACCAACCUGCAGUUCAUGGCACGGAAAACCCAGCUGAAAAGGAAACUGUAUCAUCCCCCACUAGUGAUAUGGUGCCAGAUGAGGCUGUCCUUUCAGAUAAGGAUGAAACUCACAAACUGGGCUCAGCUGCAGAGAAACCUACAACAAAUGAGGCAGCCCUAACAACAAGUCCAACUACUCACAGUCCUACUGUCAGAGUAACCACUGCACAAGCCUCAAGCACAGUCCACGUAAUUGAACCUAGUAUCCAUAGCUCUAGUUCAUCUGGUGUCUCUAAAGAAAUAUUUGAUCCCAACUUCACCACUAUUAGUGAGGAAGAUGUUCACUCCCCAACUACAGCAAUUCUACCCAGGGGCAUAUACCCUAUAGAUGAGAAGGAAGCUCCAUUUCCUGAAGAAAGCUCUGGGGAUCAGGGAGACUUUAUCUUUAGUGAAGAACGAAUACCAUCGGAAUCUGAACUGGUUGACUCUUCAAGAGAUGCUGAAGCUGCUGGAACUUCCCAGGGGUUAAUGGACAGGAAAGAAGUUCUAGGAGGUGUCAUUGCUGGAGGACUAGUAGGCCUGCUCUUUGCAGUGUUCCUAGUUGGAUUUAUGCUGUACAGAAUGAAGAAAAAAGAUGAAGGCAGCUAUUCAUUGGAUGAACCAAAACAAUCAAAUGGAGGAUACCAAAAACCACAGAAACAAGAAGAAUUCUAUGCAUAAACACUAGUCUUCAGAACACUUCCCCUCUCUCUUGAACUCUUCUCCUGUCCCUGCAUACAACCUGCUUGUGGUUUUUCUGCAUUAAACUCAAGCCAUACAAUCGUCAGAUAUAACCCCUGCCACCUUGCCACUGGAAACUAACUACAAAUUACAUCUGGAUUCCUGGAACCUAGCCAGCUUUCUUGCACAAAUGUAUAUUUCUU